CAAGCAAGGCUGGAAGCUCAAGUUGUUGUAUCAAUAAAAACGACAACGACACCAUGGCCGACGCAGCAAAGAUCCAGUAUGAAUUCGCAACUCCACUUCUAGUUAAGACGAUCAAUGCUAACUUUCGCGCAGAGAACUUCUCUCCAAGCCUCGUGCUGAACUUACGUGCGUCGCGCUUCCCCUCCACCCCGCGCAUCAGGUUGCCCCAUACUAACGCUUCUGAUAGCGAGUUCGAGAUUGCUCAACUCGAAGAGCAUGAGUUCACCUCCGGUCCUCUAUCUAUUCUUCAGACGGCUGUUCGUUCGCAUGCCCAGGUCCUAAUAUCCUGCCGAAACAAUCGCAAAUUGCUUGCGCGUGUCAAGGCCUUUGACAGACAUUGCAAUAUGGUCUUGGAGAAUGUGAAGGAAAUGUGGACAGAGACACCAAGAAAUAGCGCUGGAAAGAAGGGAAGACCUGUGAACAAGGAUCGAUUUAUUAGCAAGAUGUGAGUUUGGAUUCUCUUGGCGGAAUUGGCGGUGUCUGCAUUGCCUUGAAACAGCCACUGGGUCAAGUCUUAUUGAGGACUCCAGAAAAGAUGCUAAUACUUUGCACUGUAGGUUUCUGCGUGGUGAUUCAGUUAUUCUCGUUCUGUUGAGUUGAGAGAAUUACAUUGGGAAUUUCGGCGGGAUUAUGACAAUUUUAACAGAGCGGCUCUAUGGGAAUACAAUGGCGUUGAAGAUAAAAGUCAAUGAAGAUACCAUCUUGUCACUACAUCUCGGCAAUCAUCUGGAUAUGGCGUGCCAGGCGUCCAGUCGAACAGAAUCCGAGGGCCUAUGUGAUGGGCUGUUUUCUAUGCUAACGAUGGACAAAUAAUGUAACCAAUUGCAUACCACUUUGACAGUUUAACAAGGAGAAGCGGAUAGUUAUUAUAUGUUGCCUAUCUCU